GAUAAACAAAAGAUACGAGUAAACUGGUCCAGAAAAGCCGAAAGAGGAAAGGGAAAAGAUAGCCAGGUACUGUAGCAAGGAGAAGUCAAGAAAAACAAAAUCUUGAAAGUGUUCAUCAAUUGAAGUUGAAAUGCGAGGAGAUCGAGUGAUUUUGAAGGCUGUUUUCAACAACACAGUUUUCAGGGCUUUCAGUUCUUCUUCAAUUCAGUCAUCACAUUCAAAUCAAUUUGGUAGACUCAAACAUCUGGGUUUUGAUCUUCCUGAUGUCUGGCCUUCUGCAACCUUUUCUCAAACUUCCAUUACACCUCACUCAGUUGAUGGGCCGAGUGCUGAAAUCAUUGAUGGGAAGUCUAUUGCCGCCAAAAUUAAGUCACAAGUAGCUAGCGAAAUUUUAAAGAUGAAGGACGCGGUUGGGAAGCAACCUGGUUUGGCUGUUGUUUUGGUAGGUGAAAGAAGUGAUUCUCACACUUUUGUCCGCACCAAGAUGAAGGCUUGUGAUGAAGUUGGGAUUUCUUCGUCUGUGAUUGAACUGCUUGCUGACUGUACAGAGGAUGAAGUCUUUCAUGUUGUUUCGAAUCUUAAUAAAGACCCAUCGAUUCACGGUGUCCUUGUGCAGCUUCCUCUUCCAAAACAUUUGGAUGAGGAGAAGAUUCUGAAUGUUGUUAAUCCUGAAAAGGAUGUCGAUGGUUUUCAUUCCUUCAAUAUGGGAAGUCUUGCAAUGAAAGGAAGGGAGCCCUUUUUUAUUCCAUGCGCAGCCAAAAGUUGCAUUGAUUUAUUGUUGAGGUCUGGUGUUGAAAUCGCGGGAAAGAAUGCAGUUGUGAUUGGGCGAAGCAAACUUGUUGGAUUGCCUGUUUCAUUGUUGCUACAGAGGCACCAUGCCACAGUGAGUGUUGUGCAUUCAUUCACCAAGAACGCACAAGAAUUAACUCGUGAGGCAGAGAUAAUCAUCACAGAUGUAGGUGUGCCCAACAUGAUUCGAGGCAAUUGGUUAAGAUCAGGUGCAGUUGUUAUUGAUGCAGGAACCAAUGCAGUUAAGGACCCAAAUAGGAAAAAUGGGUUCCACGUAACUGGUGAUGUAUGCUUUGAAGAAGCUGUAAGGGUGGCAUCUGCUAUUACCCCUGUUCCGGGAGGUUUGGGACCUGUAACAAUCUCCAUGCUGCUCUCGAAUACUCUCGAUUCUGCUAAACAUGCUUAUGGAUUUGUCUAAGGUCUGAUCAGAAUCAAUAAUACUUGCUUGGUUCUCUCAAGUGGCUGUAGAGUAUAAAGCUUAUAGUGGCAUUAGUGUAUAAGCGCGAGUUUCUCAGUGCAAUGGCAAAUAUUGAGCUGUGCUGGUGACUGGCAGUAAAUAUACUAGUGUAGCCCGGAAAUGGUAAAGGUAGUUUCAAGCUUUCAACCUUGGCCAAAGGUCAUAUGCAGGAGUCGAAUUGGAUACUUAACUAAUCCUGCUGAGGAUUCAGAACAUAGAUUAUGUGUAUUGAUCCAGUACUAAGCUUGACAUAAGAAUCAUCAUGGAAAGUUUUUACAGAUGACAUAAGAACCCUCAUGCAAAGUUUUAACCGAUGAUAUCUUCUAACAUAGCAAAAUACAUAUGGUGACGGGCUCAUCACUCAGCACCAUUAAGCUAGUUUUGUAUGGAGGAAUCAAAUCAUUUUAGUCCAUUGCUUAUAGCUUACUCUUUUGCUUUCAUGUUGUUUGUUUUAAUCAUAUCCGCAACAACUAUGUAAGGACUAUACUCCCUAUUUUUGGUGCCUAGUCAUUCAAUGGUUCUGACCUCUCCUUGUCAAUUCGGUUUUAGUUAGUUUGUUUUUCAUUUAAAAAGUCCUUGUUGAUAGUGGAGUUGGCAUAUUUCAUAGACAGCAUUUUCCUUUACAGCAAAGGUCUCAAUUCUUUUAGGACAUUUUGUCCCAUCCUAUGACUUUCCCAUAUCCUUUAAAAUUUUCCUUUUUAAUACUAGAUCCUUAACGAAAGUGCUUGUAAAUUUAUCGAUCCUGAACAGAACUUAUUGUCUUAACAAGGAUAUCAAUUAAUUAAAUUAUUCGAACCUCAUCAUUCUCUAUUAUAGGAAAAGAAAAACUCCCUUAUCCAAAAUUUAACUUAAGUAAUGGAAAAGUAAAUGAUGGAGUACUAAAUUGACCAUUAAUUGAUUAAAAUCCAUGGAUAAUUGUAUUCACCCUUUUGACCCCGUACGUCAACUGACGCUUAAAAUACCUGAAUGUCUUCCUCUAGAUGCUUCAACCCGCAAUCAAAGAACAUAAACCCACAACUUAUCAAACUUUAUCACGUGUAAAUUCUCAAUCACUCUCCUUGACGUGUCUUUGUCUCUCCACACUACCCUCCAUUAUUGACCUCUAAAAGAACAAAUACCUUCACAUUUCCUCCAAACAAAAAACUCCUCAC